GUAAAACAAAAUGAAGUUGUCUAUUAUAGUUGCAGUUAUUUGCCAAUUAGGGGCAGCUGCUAUGGCAUACACGAUUUCUGAGGGUUCCAUCAAGCUCAAUGACCAAUCGGUCUUUUUCGGCGAGUUCAUGACCCAGGAAAUCAAACACUUGAGUGUAGACUCACCAAAGGAUAAGAUCGAGAUCAGUUUGCAAUUGAAGGAAGUCUUGGAUAAAAGACCCCAGCAGUUGGUUUUGGUUUUGAGCAGUGUUGAAGACUCGGCCUUGGCUGCUCAUUUCGUUCCUGGUUUCACCAGCUCUAGCGAAAUAAAAUUCUCUUUGCCAGCCAGUAAAUUCCCAGAAGUCUUGAAGAUCAAGGAGAAGUUGAAUUUGAAGUUGAUUAUUGCUGAUCCAGCUAGCUCCGGCAAAAAUUUGGUGAAACAGCUUGUUGAGAUUGUGCCUACCGAAGAGUUCAGGGCUACGGCCAAGUAUCAUGAAAAGCCCAGAAUCGGUUACAAACCUGAAAUCCACCACAUCUUCAGAACAGAAGACAAACAGAUCAACGCCAUUGUUCCCUUGGUGUUUAUUGGCGGAGCAGUUGUUUUAUUUUUAGCAUUGAUUGGCUCCUGGUUUGGGUUUAUUGGUGCUGAUUUGUACGGAGCCUUGAAAUACACCUCUGGUGGUCAACUUUUGUUCAAUAUCGGUUUCCUCUUGUCAUUGAUUGGGUACGAAUACAACUUUGUUCAGUACUACUUAGGUCAGUCUAUUUUCACCACUUUGUUCAACGGGGCUCUUCUCUCGUUGCCAUGUAUCUAUGCUGGUGCCAGAGUGUUGAAGAAUCUUUCCAGAAGCAGACAUGCUGGUAAGUUCUAACGGUAAUCAAAAUUCUUCGUUGCACUUACACGUACAGCUAUCAUUAUUAUUAUAUAUUAUUACUAGGUAAGUAUAGAGCAAUGUAUAAUUUGAGACUACUG